GCGCAGGUGCAGGAGUGGAACAUGGAAGCCCCUCACCUGAUGCCGCUGCAGCCGCCGCUGCUGCCGGAGCGGGCGCACGUGCGGGAGGCGCAGCUGCACUCGGCAGAGGCCUCGCUCUGGACCGUGGUGGCCACGGUGCAGGCCAUGGAGAGGAAGAUCGACCUCCUGGCCACCCGCCUGCUCAGCCUGGAGGGCCGAUCCGGCACGGCCGAGAAGAAGCUCCUGGACUGCGAGAAGACGGCCAUGGAGUUCGGGAACCAGCUGGAGAGCAAGUGGGCCGUGCUGGGCACCCUCAUCCAGGAGUACGGGCUGCUCCAGAGGCGCCUGGAGAACGUGGAGAACCUCCUGAAGAACAGGAAUUUCUGGGUGCUGCGGCUGCCCCCCGGCCCCCGGGGCGAGGUCCCCAAGGUGCCGGUGACGUUUGUUGACAUCGCCGUCUACUUCUCGGCGGAGGAGUGGAAGAAUCUGGAGGAGUGGCAGAAGGAGCUGUACAACAACCUGGUGAAGGAGAACUACGAGGCUUUGCUCUCCCUGGACGGUGCCCUCUCCAGGAGCGAGGCUCAGCCCCGCAGCGAGCGCGGGGAAGGGCCCUGUGUUCCCGAGCAGCGGGAGCUGGAGCAGCGGGAGCUGCCACCGGACGCCUGCGCAGAGUCGCUGAUCUCCACCUCCGACAUCCUGUCCCGGAUCAAGCAGGAGGUGGCCUUUGUGGGGGAGCAGCAGUUCCCAGAGGAGCGGGGGAUGCCCCCAGACCCCUGUGCAGGCGCGGACGCCCUGAUCACUGCACACGACUUCUUGUCGUGGAUCAAGCAGGAGGAGGAGCCCUGUGUCCGUGAGCCCUGGGAGCUGCCAGAGAGGGAGAUGCUGCCCCCGGGUCCUGGUCCUGCCGGCGAGGGGCUGCUGGUGAAGACGGAGGAGCGGUGCCCCCACGCCGAGCCCCCCGAGGAGGUGGGUUUGCCGGGCGGCUCCGGGGAGCUGCUCUUCCCCGGCACGGGCUUCGGGACCCCCGAGGGACAGGCGGCGGUGCCAGCGGCCGUGGCUCUGCCGGCGCAGCACAGACUGGGCAAAGCUCCGGGCGCCGAGCCGGGCCCGGGCACCGAGAGCGGGGGGGUCCCCGCGGCGCCGCCGGGACCCGCCGAGGAGCGUCCGCACGGCUGCGCCGAGUGCGGGAAGAGCUUCAGCGGGAAGAAGAGCCUGCGGAUCCACCAGCGCAGCCACGCGGCCGAGCGGCCCUACCCGUGCGCCGAGUGCGGCAAGAGCUUCAAUUGCCACUCGGGGCUGGUGCGGCACCAGAUGAUCCACCGCGGGGAGCGGCCCUACAAGUGCUCCGAGUGCGGCAAGUGCUACAGCCGCAAGGAGCACCUGCAGAACCACCAGCGGCUGCACACCGGGGAGCGCCCCUUCGCCUGCGCCCAGUGCGGCAAGAGCUUCAUCCGCAAGCAGAACCUGCUCAAGCACCAGCGCAUCCACACCGGGGAGCGCCCGUACCAGUGCCCGGCCUGCGGCCGCAGCUUCCGCUACAAGGAGUCCCUCAAGGACCACCAGCGCGUCCACGGGGCCGAGGCGGGGCCGCCCCCGCUGCCCCCGCCCGGGAUCAUCGGAGCCGCGCGGCCGCCCUCGGCGCCGGCCCCGGCCGCGGCCGCUGAAGGGGCUCCGGCUGGGCACGGCGGCGUCGGCCCACGCGGCGCUCUCGCUCGGCGGCUCCGGGAAGCCGGGCUCGACUUUGGGCUGCUCGAGGAGCGGGCUGGGGUCGCGGCGGGGCUCGGGGGGCGGCGGCGGCGGCGCCGGGCUCUGGCGGGCGCCGGCGCGCUCCUGGCGCAGGUAGCGCAGCUCGUCCCGGAUGUCCGUGAGGACGCCGAGCAGGCGGAACUGCAGCUCCCGGUCGCGCGCCCGCUCCUCGCGCUGGGUGGCCCGCUCCUCCUGCCACAUGGCCAGCUCCUGGUGGUACAGCUGGUCCCACUGCUCCUCCAGGUCGAGCAGGUGAUGGAUGCUAGUCCUCCAGCUGUCCCGGCGCUCCUCGCGCAGCCGGGAGCAGCCCAGCCCGCGCGGGGGGCCGGGGGCGGCCGGGGCGUCUCCUGGGGGGGAGGCGGAGGAGGGCAGCGACUCCUCGGUCAGGGCGCCGUGGAGGGGGGAACGGGCCGGGGGCUCCUCGUCCGCCGGGGCCUUCUCCCAGGUGGGCCCCAUCAGUACCCUGGGCAAGGCGCCCAUCUCCGGGCCCGGGCCCCCCGCCUGCUCCUCGGGAUGCGCCGAGUCCAUCCCGCGGCCCAGGGCGGGCAGGUCGGACACCCCCUCGUGCCCCCAGUCCGAGUGAGCGUCCGCGGGGUUCAGGGAGUCCUCGGGCAGGGAGGUGACGGAGCCCUGGGAGCUGCAGCGGCGGAUCAGCAUGGCCUGGCGGGACAGCUUCAUGUCCUCCUCCGCAGACAUGGGGGCCUCGGGCCCCGGCUGCAUCCCCACGGCCCCGCCGUGGCCACGCUCCACCUCCCGGCCUUCCCGUUCCUCCUCCUCCGACAUGGAGGCGUAGGAGACCAGGGACUCGUUCCGCAGGGAUGGGGAGAUGGCCGACACGUCUGGAGUCCGCAGCUCCGGCCCCGACUCGGCUGGAAGAGAAGAGGAAACCUCUGGAUGAUCUCGGGCUCCGAGUCGUGGCUGGCCUGCAGGAAGGUGGAGGCCACCAUCUUCUCCAGGGGCGUGAGGCGCGGCUUGUGGAGCGGCCCCCCGGCGCGGUUCAUGGGCAGGUGCUUCUUGGAGGUGAUCUUCUUCUUGACGUCCAGCCGCAGGGCCUCGGACCCGUACAGGGCGCUGAAAUGCCGGACCACAUUCCAGACCAGCGUCUCGGUCUCGUCAUUGGAGAAGUUGGCCUUCCUCUUCCGGCCAGACGCUGGCAUCGCCUGCGAGGCUGCGGCAGAGGUGGAAGGGGCACAAUUGAACCUCGGUCCCCACUCCUCUCUGUCAGCUCCGGGGGGGAACAUGGGGCUGCGGGAGCCCGAGGGAGCCGCGGAGGAGGGAGCCGAAGCAAGAGCCCCGGAGGCAUCCAUGGCAUGGGAGGCUUGGGCCGGGGAGGAUCUAAAGAGCCGCUUCGGCACAGCACGCGGCACGGGCGCGCCGCAUCCCCUCGCCCCGGCUCGGGAGCACCUGGGAGGGGAGAAAAGGAAAGGGCAGCGGUGGGUGGUGGCAGCGCGGGGUGACGGCGAGGGAGCCCCCGGCUCUCUCCAAGCAAAGGUACCCGGGAGCCCCCAGCCGGCUGCCACGGGGGCCACGGAGAGGGACGUGGCCGUGGAGAGCGCCGGGACCGCAGUGAGGGGUCGUGGUGAGCGCCUCGGCCACGGCACGUGCUGCGGGUGCCUCCGAGGGUGCCGAGGAGCACCUCAGGGCCAGGCUGAGGGUGAUGGGGGGCACCUCACGGCCAUGCUCGUAGAAGGCCUGGAAGAGGUCUGGCGAGGUGGCCUGGCACUCCAGGUACCGCCGCAGCGUGGCCAGGCUCCUCCAGACCUCCCGCUCGGAGGGGCAGGGUGGCACAGCCGCCAGCUCUGCCGCGUCCUCGCCCUCCACCAUCCCCUCAUCCCCGUCCGCCUCCGCCGGCUCCCCGCCACGCUCCAGCUGCUCCCGGCCGAGCAGCCCGUGUGCCAGGCUGAGGGACGCGGCCUCAGCACCAGUGUCAGGGACGAAGCCGGCGGCACGGAAGCAGCUGGCAAUGAGCCCCGGGGACACGUCGCCCCAGGCCUGUGCCAGCAUGUGCAGCACAUCCAGCAGGGUGGGCUGCCCCGUGCCGCGCUCCGCCGGCAGCCACCGCAGCAGCCGGCGCCGGUAGUGGCCCUUGAGGUCGCCGGCAAUGCCGCGGUCCAGGGGCUGUGCCAGGGCGGCGGCCGGAGGGACGAAGACCAUCCUGACGUUGGACAGCUGGAGGUAGGGGUGCGCCUCGUGCUUGGCGAGGAGCAGGAGGAUGCUCUUCCCCUGCCGCCGCAUCCCCUCGUUGAACUCCCGCAGCCACUCGGCGAAGAGCGGGGCGGUCAGGCCGCCCAGGCUGCCGGCGCGGUAACUCCACGGCAUCUGCUCCAGGUUGACGCCGCGCAGGCAGCGCGGUCGGGGGCUCUCCCCCAGCGCCCGCAGCGGCACCUUCUCGGAGCCGCUGGCGUUGGCGCAGAGCAGCAGCGUGAGCCGCUCGCCGGGGCAGCCGGCCGGGAGCGGCACCGCGGCCUCCCCGCAGGAGAAGAUCUCGGAGGGUGCGUAGCCGCGGAGGAGCGCGGGCAGCACUGUGCCGGCCCAGUGCUCCGCCGGCAGCUGCUCUGCGUCCCCUUUCUCUGCCGGCGGCUUCUUGAAGGCCGCAACGCGCGCCAGCCACCCGCCGCCAGGCUCGGGGCCGGGCCGGCCCAGCGCCCCUGCCAGGUGCUUGGCCCUGAGCUGGAGCAGCGGGCGGCCCACGGGCAGGUCGGCGGCGUGGGCGCCCUCCACCCAGCGCAGCAGCGCGGCCUCGAGCGCCGCGUCCUUGCCCUCCCGCUUGCGCUUGCGCUCGGGGUCUCCGCUGCGCUGCCACUCGCUCAGGAUGCGCUCCUUGUUCUUGAUGAUGCGGCAGAUCUGGGGCUGCGACACCCCGAAGCGCUUGGCCAGCUCGCUCUGCGACACCUUGGGUCCCUCCAGCAUCUCCAGCACCCGCACCUUCUCCGUCAGCGACAGCUCCUUGCGCUCCUUGCGCGGUGCCGCCGUGGCCCCCUCGGCCGUGCCCAGGGCGUGGCCGGCACAGGGGCCCGGGCGGUGGGUGCUGCUCGUGGCCCGCAGCCCCGCCGGCUCGGCGAGGCCCCUCCCGCAGUGGCCGCAGCCAUAGCCACGCUCCACGCCGCGUGCCAGCCGGUGCCGCACCAGGUCCGGCUUCUGCCCAACGCCUCGGCCGCACUCGGGGCACUCCAGCGGCGGCUCCCCCGCCCGGCAGCGGCGGCUCUCGAAGGCGGGGAGGGAGGUGAUGAACCCCCCAGUACCCGCAGCGGGAUUCGGCUCCGGCUUGGAGACGCCACAGUAGCUGCAGCCCUGCUCCUGCAGCGGGGCCACGACCGGCAGCACCGGGACCGGUGCCGGGAUGGCCCCGGCGCCUCACCCAGGUCGAUGGGAUGCUGGUGGUCCUCCUUCAUGGCACCGGCCCCGUCCCGGUCCUCGGGGAGCCGCAGCAGCGCCUGCUCCCAGUACCGCUCCCGGUGCUGCUCCCUCCGAGGCCUCCCCGCCCGCACCGCCCCGCACCGCCCGCGCCGCAUGGCCGACUGGGCCCCCGCUCAGGAGCUGGAGAGCAUGAUGGAGCCGCAGGAGCUGGGCCUGGAGCAGCCGCUGGCCGCCCCCGAGCAGGGCCCCGGCGGCGAGGCCGAGCUGCCCGCCGCGGAGAUCUCCCUGACGCUCGUCACCGAGAUCCAGGCCGUGGACAGGAAGGUGGACACGCAGGCGGCCCAGCUGAUGAACCUGGAGGGCAGGAUGAGGAUGGCCGAGACGAAGCUGAUCGGCUGCGAGAAGACGGCGGUGGAGUUCGGGAACCAGCUGGAGAGCAAGUGGACGGCGCUGGGCACCCUCAUCCAGGAGUACGGGCAGCUGCAGAAGCGCCUGGAGAACAUGGAGAACCUGCUCAAGAACAGGAACUUCUGGAUCCUGCGGCUGCCUCCGGGGGCGAAAGGGGAAGUCCCCAAGGUCCCCGUGGCCUUCAACGACGCUUCGUUCAGCUUCUCGGAGGAGGAGUGGAAGAGCCUGAACGAGUGGCAGAAGGAGCUGUACAGGCACAUCAUGAAAGGCAACUACGAGGCCGUCAUCUCCAUGGACGCUGCCAUCUCCAAGCCUGACAUGCUGUCCCGGAUUGAGCAGGGAGAGGAUCCCAACGCCGAGGAGCAGGAGGACUCCGAGGCAGGGGAAUCCCCCACAGACCCCAGCAGUGAGUUUUUCUUCCCUGGGCCCGACGAGAGCUCGUGGGGUAAAUACGAGGAGACUCUGGCUGAGAGCCACGAGGGCUCUGAGGAAGAGGAGAGCAUGGAGGUCCCCAGUACAUACGAACAGCCCUGCGACGAGGAAGGCCCCGAGAGCCUGGAGCUUCCCAGGUCGUUGGCAGGGAAGUGGGAAGAGGUUUUUUCCGGCCCCGAGGAGGAGAUGCAGUCGAGCAGCAAGAGCCAGAGCGGGUCGGACCCGCAGCAGCGAACGGCAGCGGGCAACGGGCUGAGACGCUCCGUGCGCCGCAGGAGGGACUUGGCCAAGAAGGAUCCUCCCGAGGAAGGAGCCGCGGAAAAGGGGCCCUACAUCUGCUGCGAGUGCGGGGAGAGCUUCCUGGACAAGCAGCUCUUUGCCACCCACCAGAAGGCGCACGCCAGGGAGGAGGCCUGCACGUCCCUGGAGCGCGGCGAGGGCCUCUGGCAGAAAUCCAAGCCCAAGGGCCAGGGCUCCUCCCGCUCCAAACCGUCCAAGCGCCCCGACGGCGACAAGGGCUCCGGCUUCAAGUACGGCCUCGUCAGGCACCAGGUGAACAACAUGGUGGAGAGGCCUUACACCUGCUCCCAGUGCAAGGAGAGCUUCAGCCUGGAAGUGAGUCUUAUCCUGCACCAGAAGCUGCACACGGGGAAGGGCGACGGGCCGCUGACGUGCACCUACUGCGGGAAGGACUUCCGAGACCUCUCCAAAGCCAUCCGCCACCAGCGCAUCCACACCGGCGAGAGGCCCUACCAGUGCACGGAGUGCGGGAAGAGCUUCAUCCGCCGGGAUCACCUGCUCAAGCACUGGCGGGUGCACACCGGGGAGACCCCCUACCAGUGCCCCGUCUGCGGGAAGCACUUCCGCUACAAAGAGUCCCUGAAUUGCCACCAGAAAAUCCACUCCCGCAACCCGCGGCCCACGGAGGAUUCGCAGCUGGGCCUGGAGUCGGCGGGGACCCAAACCAAGCAUUUCUGCGUGAAAAAAGAGACUACGCAGUAUGGCGACGGGGCGCCCGCGGCCCCCCGGGUGUCCCCCCGCCGUGCCCAUGGCAACGGGGCUCGGCUGGCCCGUGUCACCGCCCGCCGCCCCCCCCCCCCAAGUGUCACCUCCCGGCCCCGCGCUGUCACCUCCCCCCCUCUGCCCCCGCCGCGGCGGGUCCUGCCCGUCCCGUGGGACCGGCACGGGGCCGGUGCUCCGGAGCCGGUGCGGCCGCGCUGCCCCUCGCCCCUGCGGCCGCCGGCCGGCCCCGAGCGCACCUCGGAGCGGGAGACGCAGACGGCUGAGCUGUCCCUGACCGUGGUGGCGGCCGUGCAGGCCGUGGAGAGGAAGGUGGACUCCCACUCCACCCGCCUGCUCGACCUGGAGGGUCGCACGGGGAUGGCCGAGAAGAAGCUGAUCGACUGCGAGAAGACGGCGGCGGAGCUGGGGAACCAGCUGGAGAGCAAGUGUGCGGCACUGGGCACCCUCAUCCAGGAGUACGGGCUGCUCCAGCGGCGCCUGGAGAACAUGGAGAACCUGCUCAAGAACAGGAACUUCUGGAUCCUGCGGCUGCCCCCGGGCAGGAAGGGGGAAGUCCCCAAGGUGCCGGUGACAUUUGACGACGUGUCCGUCUACUUCAACGACAAGGAAUGGGAGAAGCUGGAGGAGUGGCAGAAGGAGCUGUACAAGAACGUGAUGAAGGGGAACUACGAGUCGCUGAUCUCCCUGGACUAUGCAAUUUCCAAACCUGGGGUUUUGUCUCAGAUCGAGCAAGGAGAGGAAUCGCGGGGCAGGAACGAGCAGGACUUGGAGGAGAGUGAGAUCAUUACUGAUGCCACAGCAGCUGGAAUAAGGGUUGUGAUCAAAACGGAGGAGCUCCUUCCCGAGGACAGCCCCGAGAACCCCGAGCUGCACGGCAUGUCGGGGCAGUCGGAGGGCAGCUUCCAGAGCCCGGACGAGGAGGCGGCUUGUGAGAGCCCCUACGGCUCCGUGUCCCCUCCCAGGGACCUGCCGGGAACCAGCCUGGGGGACUCGUCCGAGUACGGAGCCGACUUCAACGAGAUCCAGAGAGUCAUCGUGCACCACGGGAGCUGCACAGAGGACGGGAUCGUGAUCAAGACGGAGGAGGAGGAGGAGGACGACCCCGACACGCUGGAGCCGUGCGCCAUGUUCUCGGGCAGGGCCGAGCCGCCGGCGUUCCCCAGCCACGAGGCCGGGCUGGGCUGCGAGGCGCAGUGCAGCUCCAAGGCCCAGCCCAGGGGCCUGGCAGCCCGCGUGAGGAAGCCGUCGGCCUGCGAGAGGGACCCCGGGGAGAUGAAGGCGGCCAGCGCCCAGCAGCGGAACCGGACGCGGGAGAGACCCUACAUCUGCCCUGAGUGCGGCAAGAGCUUCAUGCUCAAGAUCAACUUCAUGAUCCACCAGCGCAACCACCUCAAGGAAGGGCCCUACGAGUGCCACGAGUGCGACCUCAGCUUCCGCAACAAGCAGCAGUUCCUGCUGCACCAGCGCAGCCACACGCGCCGCGGCGUGGGGGUCCCACGGCGCCCCGAGCACGGCCUCAAGCCCCCGGCGCGGCCCCCGCCCCCGGGGAAGCCCUACAAGUGCUCCGAGUGCGAGAGCAGCUUCAGCCACAAGUCGAGCCUCAGCAAGCACCAGAUCACCCACGUCGGGGAGCGGCCCUUCACCUGCGGCGAGUGCCGGAGGAGCUUCCGCCUGCAGAUCAGCCUCCUCAUGCACCAGAGGAUCCACGCCGGCAAGAACGAGAUGGCCUUCCUGUGCCCCCAGUGCGGGAAGAACUUCACCCGGCCCUCCCACCUGCUGCGGCACCAGCGGACUCACACCGGCGAGCGGCCCUACCAGUGCAGCCAGUGCGAGAAGACCUUCAGCGAGAAGUCCAAGCUGACCAACCAUUACCGCAUCCACACGCGGGAGCGCCCGCACGCCUGCGCCGUCUGCGGGAAGGGCUUCAUCCGCAAGCACCACCUCCUGGAGCACCAGCGCAUCCACACGGGCGAGCGGCCCUACCACUGCACCGAGUGCGGCAAGAACUUCACGCAGAAGCAUCACCUCCUGGAGCACCAGCGGGCGCACACCGGCGAGCGGCCCUACCCCUGCACCGAGUGCACCAAGUGCUUCCGCUACAAGCAGUCCCUCAAGUACCACCUGAGGACGCACAUGGGAGAGUGAGGGGCUGCCCGACGGCUUCCUCCCCCUCCUCUCCCUCCCUCCACCCCUCCUCCUACUCCUCCUCCUCCUCCUCCUCCUCCACUCAUCUCUCCCGCC